AAUAAACCAAACCAGUUUUAUCCAGUCGUAGUUUUGGGUUAGUAACGACUUUUUUGACACGGUGUUUCGGUUCUGCUCCUCCCAAAUCGCCGAGUCCAUCCUUCGUCUCUUUCCAGUCCACCGGCGAGCGAUCAAAGUCGAUCUCCGUUAAUCAGACAUGGCUAUGACCAUCGAAGGUAAAUUAAACAAUCAAAUUACUCACCUUUCCUUCUCUUCUAUUAAUUUUUCCUGACGAGCUUGAAUCAGAUUUGUUAAAGCUUCAUGCUUUGUUAAUUUAUCGUGAGCUAAGGUUUUGAAUUGUUCAAAUUCACUAAUUUGUUUGCUAAUUUUUUUAAUGUUCCGAUGUGGGUUUCUUCUGGAAUGCUCAAACUGCUGUUUUGUUACAGUACUUGCUGGACUUGCCUUCAUGUUUUCAUCUAGUAUCCUCCUUCAGAUCCUGGCGUGUGCACUAUAUAGUAACUGGUGGCCAAUGCUUUCAGCACUCAUGUAUGUGGUUGUGCCUAUGCCUUGCAUGUUCUUUGGAGGAGGCUCAACACAGUUCCUAAUUAGUCGAGAUGGUGGAGGGUGGAUAGAUGCAGCAAAGUUCUUGACAGGAGCGUCAACAGUAGGAAGCCUGGCGAUUCCAAUCAUAUUAAGGCAUGCAGGAAUGAUCGAGACGGGUGCAAUGCUCAUAGAGUUCACAUCGUUCUUCAUAUUCAUCUGCACUGUCAUGUGUUUUCACCGGGCUAGCCUCGAUGAUUAUGAUUGGUAACAGAUAAGCUGGUAGUGGUGAUUUUACUAAUUUGUUUCGCAUGAGAAAAAAGAGAGAGGUGAGAGUUGCAGUGUGAAGAAGAUGAGGUAAUUAUGAACGUGAGAUAAGGUUUGAAGAAAGUCAUCUUCUUUCUCUUCUUUUCUCCCUCUUUGUACAACUUUGUAUUAAUCGGUGUCUGUAAAAAUGUUUGUUUAUUCAUCGUAGUGAAACAUGAUGCUUGUGUUUUUCUUA